GACAAAAAAUAGAACACACCAGCAGUGUGAGGAGACCUGAAAGUGGCACAUGGCAUGGCAGAGUGUGGCGAUGGAGACAGCAGCAAUGGGAGGCCGUACAGGGACCCAUGAGAGACUCUGGACCUGGCAGCAGCAUGAGGAGGCGGUACAGGGGCCCAUGGCAGAUUACGGGCCUGGCAGCAGCAAUGGGAGGCCCGUAAUCUGCCAGCACCCUAUGACAAAAAAUGGAACACACCAGCAGUGUGUGAGGAGACCUGAAAGUGGCACAUGGCAGAGUGUGGCGAUGGAGACAGCAGCAAUGGGAGGCCGUACAGGGACCCAUGAGACACUGUGGACCUGGCAGCAGCAU